UGGAUGAACUUGUUUCCUACUAUAGUCACAAAAGCUAAGACUAUUGAAGUUCUUGAUUCUGGUACUUGGGGAAGCUCUAUGCAAUUGAUGUAUGAAAAGUUGCAUAUUUUAUCUCCUCUAGUUGAAGCUAGAGAAUUUUUCUUCAUACGUGGUUGUAGACAACUUGAUGCAACAACAUGGAUCAUGGUGGAUAUUUCAUAUGAUAUAUUCAACGACAUUCACAGUGGUGUACCUUCUUAUUCUUGGAAGUUUCCAUCUGGUUGUGCAAUUCAAGAUAUGGGCAAUGGCCAAAGUAAAGUUACUUGGGUGGAACAUGUUCAAGUAUAUGAAAAAUAUCAGGUUAAUCAUAUCUUUAGAGAUUUGUUGUGUGAUUGUGAAGCAUACGGAGCUAAAAGAUGGAUUGUUACACUUCAAAGGAUGUGUGAGAGAUUUAAUUUUCAAAUGGGUUCAACAUACCCUAACAGGCAUGAUUCCAAAGGAGUGUUUCAUGACCCAGAAGGGCUAAAAAAUACGAUACAAGUAUCUCAAAGGAUGGUUAAGAGUUUUUUUGAAAUUCUAAGCAUGACAGACAACCAUGGAGAUUUUUCGAUCUCACCACAGUUAAACCGUGGAGAUAGGAUUUCAAUAAGAAAAAAUGAAGAAACUAUCCAACCAAAAGGCGUUAUUGCCAUUGCAACUACUUCUCUAUGGCUUCCUCUUUCAUUCCAAGAUGUCUUCAGUUUCUUCAAUGAUGACAAGACAAGAAAUCAGUGGGAUAUUUUGACCGGUGGAAAUAAUGUGAUUGAGUUAGAUCGAGUACCAACAGGAACUUUUCCGGGAAACAACAUUACGAUUAUUCAGCCUUAUAAUAUGCAUAAGGAAAUGUUAUUGCUUGAAGAGACGGGUAUUGAUGAAAUGGGAGCAUUUUUAGUCUAUGCACCCAUAGAUUUACGAGCAAUCAAUUCAAUUGUCAAUGGAGGUGAUGCAACGAAAGUUCCCAUUUUGCCCUCUGGUAUCAUCAUAAGUCCUGAUGGUCGUCUCUCCUCUAAUAGGGACAACACUGCAAAUGCACAAAAUGGUUCAAUUUUGACAGUGACAUUUCAAAUAAUGAUCUGUGGUAAUAAUAAUCCAACCUCCAGGCAGCAAAAAAUGGAGGUAGUGGGUUCUGUUCAUGGUGUUUUGAGCGCCACAAUUUUAAGAAUCAAAGAAGCAUUGGGUUGCUCUGAUUUGUGAUUGUUAAAUUUCAUUUUGUUUGUUUGUUUUGAAGAUUUCAAAAACUAAGACAAUUGAUGGUUUUGAAGGAUGAUGUGUUCCCUUUUUUGUGACUUCUAAAAUCUCAAGACUGUGUGAUAUGUGUUGCUGCAAUCAUAUU